AUGGGCCGACGGGCAGCCGACGUGUCCAAUGCAAUGCCAGCCCUGGAGGUGCCUCUAGCGGGUGGGCGGGCCAUGCUCUCUCGGAAAUGGGGUCCUUUGUGCAGCGUUGGCGUGCAAACGUCACCGGGACUUCGCUCGCUGCCAUCGUUAAAGAGGAAGACACAAACAGUCAGCACGUCCAAUGGACCAGCAGUGGAAACCAUGUCUUUGGACCGGGUGAGGCGUUGUGACGUCAGCAGCAGGCAAGUCGUCAAGCCCACAUCCAAUAACGGCAGUAACCAUGUCGCGCAAGAUCAGACGUCACAAGACAGCGAGUUGUACUGUCAAAUCAAAGUCAACCCCAACCAAUCAGAGCUUCGAGGGAGUUUAAAACGAACCCCUCGGUAUGCUAAUGGCAGCAUCGUUGCACCUGAGGUGGUGGGCGGGGUUUGUAGCGAGGGGGCGGAGUCUGAUGAAGCUAGAUGCCAGAGUCAACAAAUCACGCAGGAUUGUAGACGUGGUCAGUCGCUGAAAGGAGAGGGGUCUCGGCCGGUCACGCACUGCCCUUACGCCACGCCCCCUCGCCCAUGUCGUAUGAUGACAUCAUCACCCAGAUUGUGCGGCAACUGUGGGCGGAGACAGUCUCAAGCCCCACCCUGCAUGGCGCCUGCUUGUCGAAAACGAGCAGCGAGUCAGGUUCAAGUGAGCACGAUGAUUCCAAUGCCGCUGCGGAAAAGCUGUACGGGACGAAUGCCAAAACUAAAUUCCACCGUGACGCAACCGACUUACGCGCAAAUACCCAACACACACAAUCAGCAAACGCAAAGUGCGACCCAGUACAACUCCCUACCCUCGCGAUCAAGCAAAAAAGACAUGCAGACCAAAACCUCUGAUGAACCAAAAACAUGCCAAAACGACUCAAGUACACAGCAGACACACAAAACGCAACACACACAAACAACCAAAACACAACCUACAUCCCAGGACGCAACCACAGAAACAAGCAAACCUCAAACAUCAUCAGUGUCGCCCGUGUCCGCCACAUCUAAACCAACGCCCCCUUUGCUUUCCAUUGGCUCGGACUUACAAGCAACACCCACUCUUCCACCCAAGAAUGCCUCCCAUUCAAAACAAAUACAGGUCAAAUCCAAACCUGUGCCUCCUGAGCUUCUGAUUGGCUCAAAGAUGAAGCCAAAACCCCAAACCCCGCCCACUGACCCAGAACCAACAACUGAGACAAACACAGACCCCAAGCCCCGCCCUAAAGAUGCCCAUCCGCCGCAAACAGUCGAGAUCCCGAAAUGCAACGGGGCACCAGGUGUUCUACACGGCCUGCUGCAGAAUGUAGAAGAGAAUCUGCAGUAUAACCAGGAGAAGAUCAAAGUCCUGCUCAAUGUCAUCCAGGAUCUGGAAAGGAACAAGGCCAUGAGCGAAGGGCGUUGUUCGUACAGAACCGGUCAGGACAUCAACAACUGCUCAACCUGCCAGAAAACAGCCUGUAUCAUCUACAGCGUGGAGCAUGACUUCCGUGUACAGGAGGGGCGCUUCCAAAGCAUUCUUGAGGCCUUGGAGGCGGAGUAUGAUGUCCCGCCCCCCAACCCAAAGCCAGCCCCCAUACAACCUCGAACAAAGAGCCGCGUCAAGAAACUGAGAAAGAAGUGUUUCUGGUGGCUGUAGCACCUAAAAGCAUAAAAAAACCCUCUUUGGAGAUACUGUAUACCACAGCAGGGGUUACCAGAGACACAUACCUAAACAUUUGCAAUGGAAAAAUGGAAAAAGAACAAUGUUCACCAGCAUCACUAUUGUCAUGGAAAAACUUGUGGACGUAUGGAUAAAAUACAGACCAGAUUCCAAAAACUCCUGAAAACUUGAGGAUAGCUUACUAUAAAGUCCAAGGAGACCCACUAGUCAAUAAAUGCCCUUCAUAGGGUCUGACAGAGCUGGAAUGCAGUCGAUAUCCCUCUUUACGAUGACAGACAGCGUGUUAGCAUAAUGUAGACCCGCUGUCUCAACCCGAGACAUCUCAUUGCACCAGUGUGACCUCUAUGUGUGGAUGGCUUGCGUGAACGUCUAAUGCUCUGUUUCAAAACCUAGUGAGCUGUUGAAAUUUAGGAAGGAUACAUAUGAUGUAUUACACAUGUUGGCUGCAGGGAGCAAAUCAAUAAUAAAAAUACUGUAUGCUUGAUCUUGAGUUGCUUAAAUAAUAAUAAAUAAAUACUUUGCCAUACUUUUGACCAGGGCUGGACUGGUAAGCUGGCAUACCGGCCAUUUUCCCGGGGUGCCGACGCACUUUUGGGCCAAUCAGGGGCGGAAUGGCCAUAGGGACAACCGAGCGGGACGGUAGUUCGGCUGCAAAACGUGCCGAAUGGGCCGCGAUAAGCAACAAUGAGUCACCGCGUUUUGCAGAACGGACCACAAAACGGCACCACAAUACACCCCCCCAUCCAACAACAUUUGGCGAACACCCCCCACAGUUGGGCCAGUUGCCAUUAAAAAUCCUGGGCCGAUUUCUCUUCCCAGUCCAGCCCUGCUUUCGACAUUCCAUGCUGAAAAAAAAUCCUCAAAUUAAUAAAUAACUCUACAGCGCUUGGCGAACACUAAAUAGGUCGUUUUAAAGACUUUACGAUGCAUAUAGGCACAUUUUCGCCUAUGGGUGUAGGUUCGACGCUGACGUAUAAAUCGGCCUUUAGAAGACAGCUGCCUAUGUAGGCAGUAAAGAGAAAAGCAGCUCACUGGGUCGUGAAACAGCGCCUACAUGUAUCAAAAGUUGAAGUUGAAGUUCAGUUAUGCUGGAACAGAAUUAUGGAAAGGCCACGUCCACUCUUAUACAUUGACAACGCAAUGUGUCAUCCAUAAACUCCACUGAAAACGAAGCAUUCAAUUGCAGCGAUAACAUAAGGAAACUGAUAACUGAGUUUGUGUGGAUUCGGCUGUAGUGCGACUAAGGGGGCCGUUCACACAAGAUGCGUUCUUGCGCACGUCUGCUCUAUUUUCGUAAUCAUUUUCCUAUGUAAACACGCUAUACGGGUAGGUUUGACCUUUGCGAUGCACCACGCUAUUAUUUACCGUUUUGUGCCAUGAGCACUGUGUUUGCAAUAUGUAGUUAACAGAAGUUCAACUUUUCAAGACCCCAGCAUUCUGUUCUGUCCCAAAUCAACACUAACAUGAACUUAUAUAUUCAACUUUUGUUGCGCACAUUGGAAUUCGCUUAUGGUCAUUCCGAAAUGAGCCGAACGCACCAUUAAUGUAACAUGAAUGCCACUGCAAAUUUACACACACACACACACACACACACACUCUCACGCACACACACACACUCACACACACAUUCACACAAACACACACACUCACACACUCACUCACUCAC